CGAAACACAUAAAAACUUCCAGUAAUCCUACCUGGUCUGGUGAUGACAUGUUAAUGUUAGGGACUCAGUGCCUCCAUGUUGUGUUUUUAAGCCAAACAUAGAUAAAACAUUUGUAGACAGAUUUUAAUUUCUGUCUACAGAAAAAGACAUUAUUUCAGACCAAAUAAAACACAAUUUAUAUUUAAAGCAUUUUUUAACCAAACUGUGAUUUGUUGAGCCACAUCUCUGAGUGUUUACAGCUGAUAGAAGAAUAUUACACACGUUAACAGUAGAUUUGUUCUGAGGUCAAAGUCUAACAGGAAGUGGAUGGAAACAGGAAGUCUGAGCCAACAGCUAACGACUGCUUCUCUGUCAAAUGUCCAGAUUUUAAAACUGAAGGAUUCACAUGUUGAUGGAAUAACAAACAUCCAAGCAGAGUGGAGAAAGACCUGUAAACAUGGAACAUGACAAACUUAUGGACAUCAUUAAAAAAAAUCUUAAAGCCAGUCUUCAGAAAAGAUUUACCUGGACAUACGAGGGAACGUCAGACAGUUGGAUCAAACUCCAGGAUGUUUACACAAAGCUCUUCAUUGUGCAACAGGCUGACCAACCAGGCUGCGUCCAACAUGAGAUUCUGCAUCAUUUUAUGCUCCCUGAUGAAAAGUCACCACAUACAGAGUUUAACUAUGAGCAAAUCAACAGUCUGGACAUUUUUAAACCAGGAAAAAAACAUUUCCAACGACAAUCAACACAUUGUAAAUCCAUCCAAAGAGUGAUGACAAAAGGCAUUGCUGGUAUCGGGAAAACGUUUGCCGUCCAGAACUUUUCUCUAAACUGGGCAGAGGGCAAAUCCAAUCAGCACAUUGAUUUAAUCUUCGUCCUCCCUUUCAGAGAGCUGAACAUGAUUAAAGAUGGGGAACACAGUCUGCUGCAGCUCCUCCUUUACUUCUACCCUGAGCUCAAACCACUCAAAGAUGCAAAACGGCUAAUUAACGAGAAAAUCCUGUUCAUCCUUGAUGGCCUGGAUGAAAAUCGAUAUCUACUGGACUUUAAAGAAGCCAUGAGUGUGACUGACAUAAAUCAGAAAACUACGGUUGAUGUGUUGCUCAUCAACCUGAUCAGAGGCAAUCUGCUGCCUGAUGCUUUGCUGUGGAUUACAUCCAGACCUGCUGCAGCCUCCCAGAUUCCCUCGAAAUACAUUGACCAGGUGACAGAAGUGCAGGGAUUCACCGACCAAGAAAAGAACAAGUACUUCCGAAAGAGACUGAGUUCUGUCCAAAAGGCUGAAGAACUCCUGUCAGGUCUCAGAGGGAUGAUAAGCUUCCAUUUAAUGGGACAUAUACCUGUGUUUUGUUGGGUUAUUGCUGAGGUAUUUAAGAAGGGAUGGAGUGACCGAAGAAUCACAACAAUGACUGAGUUGUACAUCUAUUAUGUCCUGAUCCAAACCAAGAGAACAACACAGAAAUAUGAGUCAAAAAGUUCCAAGAAAGAAUCCCGAAAGAGAAUAUCAAAUCUUCAGAACACUGGUUUCCUGUUAAACCUAUCCAGACUGGCCUUUGAGCAGCUUCAUAAAGGAAACAUCAUCUUCUAUGAGGAAGACCUGACAGACUGUGGCAUUGAUGCUGAUGACGCUUCUUUGUUUUGUGGGCUUUGCUCAGAAAUCCUGAAGCAAGAAUUUGGUUUGUACCAAAAGAAGAUGUUCAGUUUUGUGCAUUUGAGCUUUCAGGAGUUUCUAGCUGCUGUUUACGUUUUCCACUGCUGCAAGACGAACGACCUCGGUCCUCUGAGGUCAUUCCUGGGAGUUGACCCUACAGAUAUGAGUUUCCUGGAGCUGCAGAAAAAGGUUGUAGAUAAAGCUGUGCAGAGUGAGAAGGGUCAGUUAGACCUGUUUCUCUGUUUCUUCCUUGGACUCUCACUGAGGCCAAAUCAAGAAAUGAUUCAAAUUUUGCUUCCCCAGACAGAGAGCAGCUCAGACACUACUGACAGUUUAAAAGCCUACAUAAGGAGUUUUCAUGCUGAUAACAUCCCAACAGAGAGGUGCAUUAAUCUUUUCCUCUGCAAGUUUGAGCUCAAAGAAAGAGAAUUUCAGGAUGACAUUGGGAAGUAUCUGAAAUUAGGAGUGAGACUCUCAACCAUUGACUGCUCAGUGCUGUCAACGCUGCUGCAGAUGUCUGGUGAAGUGAUUGAAGAGCUCGAUCUGACGAGAUGCUGUAUAUUGGAUUCUGGGACUGAGAAGCUUCUUCAGCUAGUAGGGAACUGCAAGAAGGCUGUACUCAAGAGUAGACAUGUGCUAGACUUUAACCUCCACAUACUGCUGUCCAUCCUUCAGUCAGAAGAUUCAAGCUUACAAGAGCUGUGUCUGCAUGGUUCUCAUACCGUACAGACGGCUCUUCCUUUUGAACUCUUCGUUGUGCUGGAAAGGCCUGUGUGUAAACUGCAGACCCUCAGAUUGUCUGGUUUCUCUCUGGACUUCAUGAGGUGUCGCCAACUUGCCACCGUGCUGCAAGUCAAACAAUCCAACUUGACAACAUUGGACUUGACAAACUGUACUUACAGUUAUGUUAAGAAUUACUCUGGGAAUAUUUUAGAACAUGAGAAGAAGGAAAAAUAUGAAGAUUUUAUUGACGAAGCGACUCCGUUGACUCGGAUUUCUACCGGAUUGAUUGGGCCUCUUUGCAAACUGAAGGAAUUUGGAAUGAAGAGCUGUAAUUUGAGAAGUGGAUGCUGUCAGGUGUUUGCCUCAGCUCUGAGCUCCAACAGCCAGCUGAGAAAACUCGAUUUGAGUUGCAACCAGAUCCAGGAUUUGGGAGUGCAGCUCCUCUCUGUUGGUCUGGGCGAUUCAGACUGUCAGCUGGAGUCUCUCAGAUUGUCAUGCUGUGGGAUCUCACAGGAAGGAUGUGCCUCUUUGGCCUCGGCUCUGAAGUCCAACCCUGUCCAUCUAAUAGAGCUAGACGUUAGCUAUAACCACCCGGGUCAGCUUGGAGUCAAGAUGCUCCUUGAGAGACUGGAGGACCCAAAAUGCAGACUGGAAAAACUCAAUGUGGACCAUGAUGAAGAUUAUUGGAUCAACCCACAGCUUCUGAACAAAUACGCCUGUGAUUUGACCUUUGACAUCAAUACUGCCAAUGAAUACCUCAUCCUGUCUGAGUGCAACAGAACAGUUAGUUUGAUGCAGGAAAAGCAGAAGUAUCCUGAUCACCCAGAAAGGUUUAAAUAUGAGGGUCAGGUGAUGUGCAGAGAAGCUCUGACUGGACGCCGUUACUGGGAGGUGGAGGCGACAUCAGUCCAAAACAUGGGAGUGGCUUUUAAGGAGGUUCAGAGGAAAGGAUGCGACUUUCAGAUGGACUGGAGCGAUAAGACCUGGAUGUUACAUAACUAUUUACUGCAUGGUUUUACGUUUCGCCACGGGCAUCAGGAAGUCUACGUUCCGAUCACAUUUAUUGAUGAUCAAGAAUUCGUGGCCCGACCCCGACCCAUGAGAGUUGGACUGUUUCUGGACUGGCCAGCUGGUAUUCUGUGUUUUUACUGGCUGUCUGGUGACACAAGAACUCUGCUUCACACCUUCCACUCAACUUUUACUGAGCCUGUUUACCCAGCAUUCACCGUUCAGGCCUUUUCUUUGACUCUGCUGACUGUUGAGAAACUGGAACCAGACCAUGUUCCCUUGGGCUUCACACCUGAGGUGAGCAGAGAGAGGGUCGGUGUCUCUUACAGCUUCCAGUUUCCUGGUUCAGGUCUGUUCCGGUGUUCUCUGACUGGUCUGGUGUUCGGAGUGACCCGGGAGGCGGAGCUGACGUACAAGACUGAAAUCUGGGAUGAGAAGCUGCUGCAGACGGCGAACAAGCUGCCAGGCGGACCUUUGUUCAGCAUCGAAUGUCCUCAGGGCUGCAUCACAGAGCUGCAGCUGCCGCACUGCCAGCCUGCAGCAGCCCAGCAGCCUGACUGCCUCUCUGUCGGCCACAUCACUGAUGAUGGGAUGAUCGUCCUUCCGCCACUCCGGGUCACAGAAACCCACGUGGUGCUGAGUGUCUCACACCUUUCUGGCUUCGGCGUCGUGUUGGACCGGAUCAAGAAGUUCCUGACCAAGCCGAUUCGGGGCCAAGUUCUGCUGUUCCUGAGGCAGCUGCAGCGACCUCUCAGCAUCCUCAGUGUGAUUCUGCUGCCCAGCAACGUUCCUCUGCAGGAUGUGAAAGAGCAGCACAGCGGCUCUAAGUUCAUCCAGGCUCCAUCCUUCUGCUCCUUCCACAAAGGGAAAACCUACCGCCUCCACAGCGACCCGGCGGGCCUCACCAUCCAACCCAAAACAGCUCAGUUCUUUGAGAACUACGGGCCAAAUUACCACGCCACGUUUGAGAUCACGCUGUCGACGAGAGCGGAGGACGUGACUGUGAAGGUCCAGAGUCCGGAAGAGGAAAACGUCUGGGACUACGCCCUGCACCUGCCAGCUCCAGCCUCUCCUGGUCCGGCAGACCAAAGGCGACUGCGGCUCGGGGAAAGUUUGUCAGCGGAGGAGAAGCUGAGAAGUGUCCGACCGGACUUCAUUGAUCACGUGUCCAACCCGGUUCUGGACAAGCUGCUGGACGAGCUGCAGCACUGCAGGGUGAUAUCAGAUGCUGAAGCGGACCAGAUCAGAACCAAACCCAGAGCAGAAAAAGCCCGAGAGCUGAUUGACUCGGUGAGGAAGAAAGGAGCAGAGGCCAGCUCCAGAAUGACCUCUGCCCUCUGCUCCAACGACCCGUAUCUGAGCAGCGAACUGGGCUUACUGUGACGGACAGAAUCAGACAGAACCGGACAGAACCAGACAGAGCUCUGCAGAACUCAGCUAUACAGAAAGAUCAUGUGGUGGGAUGGUGUUCCACCCUCCCAACUAUGUGCACCAGGUGUAGUUGAUUGGUGGGCGGGGCAGAUAGCUUUAUAGCUGAGCAGGCCGCUGCCAGGUGUGUGUCUUUGUUUCCCUACAUGUCGGCUGGUGUG